UCCGAGGCGAUGAAACCUACACCGCCAGCUAGAAGCGCGCCAGUCCACUGGGUGAGGCGCGCUCUCCGGAGUCGCCGGCCGGUCCCCGUCUGGUUCGCUCCGUUGCUCGAGCUAAAGGCGCCGUUGUGUGGAAAUAGGGAUGGGGUGCUGCUGGUCGGGAUUCCGCGGGGAUUGGCGCGUCAAGAACGAGAAGAGCUCGAGGAAAGAGGAGCUCAAGCGCCACUUCUCACCGCCGCCAAAAUGGCUGUGAAGAGCUCUCAUGUCAUUUAGUUCAGUACAAAAGAGUGAGGAGCAGCCAUGAUUAAAGUGUUCCUCCUUAGAUGAAAGUGUUUGUGUUGUUCCAACUCUCCAGGGCCGAUAAGUGUUAAAUAAUGGUCAUUAAUCGUGCGGGACAGAAUUCAGAUCACCGACGCUGGAGUGGCAUCCCGAAUCAAAGUCUGAGCCAGCAGGGGCAGCAGGGCCUUUUGAUUUGAGUGAGUGGAAUGACCACUGCCAAUACAUUGUGCUUGAAAUUGCUUGUGACUUUGUAAGUGACGAGGAAAAAAACAAACUUAACACCAAGGGACAUCGCCCAGUGUAACUCAUCAUGGAUCAUCAAAACCAUCAUCACCCAAAUAAUCAACAACAAGAACAGCAACAGCAGAGGGGUAGUCAUAACCAUCCUAAUAGUGCCCUGUCAUGGUGUCGUCGAAGGAUGUUACACCAAGGGAACAAUACCAACAAUGGAGCUGGUCCAACUAGCAGCCGUCCCAUGAGAGUGAGACCGUCGAAUGAGGAACACCAUCAGCAGCUCCAACGCUCUAUGUACAAUCAGCAACAACACCAUCACCAACAGCAACAGCAACAACAUCAACAGUAUGUUCAGCAACAGCAGCAACACCAACAACAGCUAAUAUAUCCCCACCAUCUCCACCACCACCAUCAUCAUCCCAUUGCCACAACAGGAGCAAAUGAUGCCCAAUUCAGCUCAAGUGGACCCAACUCCAAAUAUCCUGGUCACCAAAAUUUCCUCCCGCUUCCCCCCCUCCACCCCGAGACGAUCCCAGCAACUGUUGGACAUCAUACAAACGUGGCUGAUGGUGGCCUACCACAAGACCCUGGUUAUUACCAAUCCCAUCCUGGUUAUGGAGGUUACGAUAACAGUCGGUCCAACCGACCGUUCAUGACAACUCCAUUGGUUCCCGAUGAGGAACUGUCCUCCAUGUUACAGAGCUACCUCGACACAGCCUCUCCGCAAUCGUACCUCCAUGGGGAAGGACAACAUGUUCCACCUCAAGUGCCACCUCGAUCCCAUAGCACUGCCUCUUCUAGUUCCACCUCCCCCGCUUCAUCAUUCCAUGGCCAAUCUCCCAGUCAGCAAUCGGUAGACUCGGGUUUCGGCGGGGAGUUUUAUGCCGCUUCUCCGGGUCUUCAUCGAGGUCCAGCCUCCGGGUAUUCAAACAGCAGCAAUAACACCAACCAUUCGCGCCCAGGUUUGACCAGGAUGGAUGAUCAUAGUGAUUUGUACUCGAAUGCAGACUACUUCCGGGUUCCAUCACUUCCAACGGGGCUUAAUCAAGAUUCCCACCCUAAUCAUAACGCGGGCACAGCUCAGGCCAAUGACUGCUCAUAUGAGGGGGCCAAUCAAGCCAACGACGGCCACGUGACCAGCGAGGCCUCCCCGCUGCGUUCCGAGUCAGUCGUGAACGAAGAAGCAUCCAGGUCCGGGAGGGGGGUGAACUAUGAGUCACCACCCACCGACCAUCACCACCAUCAGCACCACCACCAGGACCAAGAUCUGUCUCUCAUUGUGGACCAAGUUCUCGAUUCCAUCGAUGAGCAGUUCUCCCCACCAGCCACGAACUCGGUCCCAGCCUCGACCACGACUGUACCGAUCCAUUCAAGGUAUGAAGGACCCGAGGAAGCCUCCUCUUCUUCGUGGGGAGUCCCAUUUCAGACACGUGUCGUCCCAAGCACGAAAGCCGACGAGGUGUCCAAAGAGGGAGAGGAGGAGAAGGAGGGUACUCGAUUAAAUGAAAAGCAUCCCGGAAUGGACUGUCAAGUCUCGAGGCAACGCGGAAAAGCUUUGGAACUUGAACAGGAAGGAGGAAGUCUUCAACUUUGUGAUAAUUGUGGCAACACUGUGGUCAUUAGUGGAUCCUCGGCGUCUAACUCGGCCUUAGGGCAAAUACAAUGUGGAGGCUGUGGAAUGGUCCUGGAGCACAAUGAGCUGGAGAGUCAGGCCAUUGUGCUCGAAGAAUGCGAGCAAAUCGAAGACGCGAUUACAAUUCCCGCCAAUACUAUCGAUGGUGAAAACGAGCUCUCGAGAUUGGCACCAACCACUGGACGUAUCGGAGAUGAGGCCAGUGGUGAACGAACAAGAAAGAAUCCAUUUGAUCGAUCCUUGACAUCAUCUAGUGUGCCACCACGGCCCCGAGUAGUCGCGGUGGCGAGACCGUUGGUAAAACUUGACCAAACCUCUUCAACUAACCGGGAUAUCCCCAAGACCACCACGGUGCGUACCAUUGGCGUGGUAGAACCCCGGGUGGUGGUCAAGAUCCCUUGGACUCGAGUUAAGGAUGUUCCAUCAAACUUGGAGCACCGCCAGCCAGAUGAGAGUGACGACUGCAAUGGACAGAAGCAUUCCCCGAGAAAAACACUGAUUGAGGGCACAUUAACCCAUGGCAAAGAAGUUGUGGAGGGAAAAAAUGGAGCACCCGUCAAAAAUGACAUCUUGCAGAAGCGUGCUACUCACAAUAGAAUAGAAACAACUGCCAUUGAAGGGAAUCAGGGAAUUGGAACCAAAUCCAACAAAAGUCAGACGCCGCUUGAGCAUCCCCAUAGAAAAAGUAACACCGGCAUUGAGGGUGGUGAGAACACCUUCAGGAACCACCAAGGAACAAAUCGUAAAAGACAGCAGAUAAGAGAAGAUGCUAAUGGAACCAAACGGAGUCGACUCGACAAGACGUUCCAACUCACGGCUGAGCUCCCCGAGCACUUUAAAUUGGCCCUCCAGGAACGGCUUCAUGUUGUGCCCCAAGAGCUCCUGAAUGUUUAUAUAGAGAACGAGGUGCAGGAACAACACGACCAUGUAGAUGGAGCCAUUUUGAAACAAGUGGAAACAAAGAACACCAAACUCAGACACGGUCCACGACUCGACUCGUCGCGAGGUCGAUGCUCGAGGGAUCAGAGGAAGAAGAAUACAAAACCGAGGAACACCCCGCCUGUCAAUGGCACACAUCAAAAUGACAUGAAGAGGAAGCGAACCCGAAGUUCAUCACCAUCCUCGUCUUCUUCAUCCUCCAACGAGUUUGAAAACGCCAGCGAUGAAAUGGGUAUCAAAAUAAAUCCACUAAAGCUGAUCCGUCGCUUUGUUCCUGGCACCAGACACGAAGAGUACAAGAUAGAGGCUGAAGUGAAACACGGUGAUGUGGUGGAUCUCGUUUCGGACGAUGAGUCCACCGACUUGAACGAGGAUUUCUUCAAGGAGCGAGUGCCCCAUCUGAAAGUGACCAAGGCGGUCUCCGUAGCCCCCCUGAAGGAUAUGCGAGUGUUGGUGAAGAAGCUGACGGAACAAGACAUCUCCGAGUUUAUUGCCAAGAAACAAGAGAUCAGUGAUAACGAUGCCUCAUUAAGUGAGGAUGACGCCGCAAUGGGUCCACCAGAUCAAGAUGACUUUCAAGGUGAGGACUCGAGCAGCUGUGACAGCUUGAGUAGCUACGACGAAGAACCCGAGUUCCCCCAAUGGAAAGGGAACGAGCCCAUGAGGGGAUUUGAUGACCUCUCUUCGACGUCCUCGUCUUCCUUGUCGGGCGAUGCUUUGCCAAAGCUCCCUCGGGAGCAGAAAUCUGUCAAUAGCUCACGGGGAUCUCGAUUCGAGAAGCAUUUCCAUCAAUAUCGAGCGUCGGCCAAGGAGGCUUUGGGCAUGUUGCCUAUGUUGUCUUCCGUAGAGACUCGCUCCAAAUCGAGAGGAGCGCCUACGCCCACAUUUGGGGUGGUUCCACCUCCACAGACAUGGAGUGAAAGAGGCCCAUUUACCAAUCGACCAAUACCUAUUCCGAGCUACUCUAACCAAGGGACAACCAUGUUGGCCCUGAGAAAGGAUGAUAUCAAUACGGUUGCCAACACCUUGCAUUCUCUGCUCAAAUUGGACGACGGAAGAACAUCUCCGUCUGAGAAGCGAGCAAAGCCAACCAGUCCUUCUCCUUCCAAACGAGAUAUUGAGGGAAAAGGCACUUCCGAUAAAGAGCGAGCUCAUUUGAAUUCACCACCAAUUCCAGAUAAGGAGGCGAGUGGUGUGCAAAAUCAACCAUUGCUUCUUGAGUCCCCCACUUUUAUGGAUGCAGCAGCCCCUUCACCCAGCCCCGAGACCACCAUCUCGGGAUUGAACGACUUUGGCGUCAUAUCCACCACCACCACCACCUCCACGGGCGGAUCUAGUGACGUGGGCGUAGCCACCACUCGAGCGACUCCAAAUGCGAAUGAAUCGUUCAUAGAGUCAUUGCAGGACUCGAAUGCCACCACUUCUCAUCCCAACUAUGCAGAUCUUUUCGAUAAGGCCUUGGAAACCUUUGACCCUGUCAAUGCACACGAUUUGUCGGAUCUCACCUCCACCCUCCAUUCAAGUAAUAACCAGCCAUCAUCGAGUAGCAUAACCAAUGGCAUACCUGUCGUGGCAAGUGCUUCUGACGGUGACAACAACAACAAACUUCGGGAUCAACACCAUCUCUCAAUGCCAGUGCUCUUUCAGGAUGACAAUUCAAGUGCAAUUCAGGAUCUUUCAAGCAUUCUUGCAUACCCUUCAACCAUUGAUUUGAAUCAGUUGAGCUCCAGCCACGCCACCGCAGCUAUCCCCCACCCCAGCAAUCCCAAUCUUACCACCACCACUACCAUCACCACCACCUCCACCUCCACCUCUUCCAUGUCUAUCAGUCCGAGCUCAACCACUGCGAUGAAUGUGGAGUCCACACCCUCCGUGGCACUCUCAGAGAUCAACCAUAAUCAUCCCAGCGGCGAUAACAACAGCUCCUCACCAGUCACGUCACCUUCGAGUGACAAAGAAAAUGAAAGAAAUACAGAAAAUCCACAUCAAAAGAAUUCAAUUCAACAACAGGAUGUGGGGAAAAGCUCGGACGAUGCAUCGGGCAAGAACAAUGGCGACGAGUCUGACGAUGAUAUUGUGUGUCUAACACCAUUGCAAAAUAGUAGUAAUGCCAAUAGCCAGAGUAAUGCCCUGAACAAUGGAUCCACCACCGAUGUCAAUGGUGUUAGUGGGUCUAAGAUCGAGCCGAAUCGCGGGGGUCGUCCCCGGCGGUAUUACAAAAGCAUCGAUGAAUUAGAGCAGAAGGCGGUGAUGCUGUUGCAGAAGAAGAACCACAACCUGAUGAACAUGAGCCACGAGGCCAUUAUUGCCAGCAUCAAAGCCGAGCUCACCAGUGCCAAUGAUCCGAGUGUUUCAUCUAAACGCCAGAAGGCCGACUUCAAUGACCAACCCAUUGAGGAUAGCAAAUGGUUGUAUUGUGAUCGUCCGAAAUGCAAUUUCUGGACCCGGAAAGAACGCCGAAUGGAACGACACCGUCAGAGUCACAUGCCGGAUUGCCGGGCCUUCAAAUGCCCAGAUUGUGGUGUGAGGUUCUAUUCACUCCCUAAGAUGCUAAGUCACGAUCGUAAAUUCCAUACCGGAGACAAGGACUACGAGUGCAAGAUUUGCGAGGCCGAGGUGACUGACAUCUCUGUUCAUAUGCGGAUUCACCGAACAGAAAAAGAUUUCCCCUGCGAUAUUUGUCCGUUGUCAUUCCGUCACAAGAACUCUUUGGUCCGGCAUUUGGUCCAGCAUUCGGGAGAAAGACCAUUCAGAUGUCAGUAUUGUGAUGCAUCGUUUGCCCUGGUGGCAAAGAUCAGAGACCAUGUCAAGAAGAAGCACCCGAACAUGCCCCUCCAUAUCAAUGAACGUGGUGGAACAGGAGGACCGGGAUCGGGAGGGGUCAGUUCCAAGAACCGGCCACUGCUCCCAGCCCCGCCCAAGGGUCAAAUCAUCCCGACUCCAAUUCAGCCUGGAGCAACAAAUCAGGGUUAUGCCAGGAUCUUGCCCAAUCUUAAUCAGAGCGCACCCUUCCAGACGGCACCCUCUGGACCAGUCACCUUCUUGGCCCAAGGUCCCAACGGGUCCAUGUAUUUUAUCACGAAUCCAAUGGCACCUUCCACGCCUGCUCCCGCGGCCCUCCCCGCGGCGACAACAACGACCCAGUUCCUGGUGGCCAACCAGAACGGAGGCUUUCAGCUGGUUCAGGCCUCCCAGCCGAUCCUCUCACAGCCUCAACAUCAACAGCCUCCACCACACCACCCUUCGUCGGGGAUCGUGCAGACUUUCUUUAAUGGGAGUGCUCAAACUUCGCUUAUCAUCCCUCCCAAUCAGCAGUCCGGGAGUAGUUUCCACCAUCAUCAAGAACCACCAAGAUCAACUGCUUUUCCCACUUCGACUAAUCCAGCUCAACAGCCCAUUUUCAUCCAAGCUCCCCCGACUAGUAGCAUUGGUAGUAGUAGCCAUAGUGGUGGUGGAUGCCACGUGGCCACCGGAAGUGAACUCAUCUUACCCUCGAUGUCCACCCCGCCCACGUCUUCGUGCACCCCUCAGUCGUUUGCAUCCUCGCUUCUGUCUCCUCGAGAUGCAGCCAUGCUCACGGUGUCCACCCCGGACUUCCCCACCCCGGAGCCAAGUCAAGAGCCUCUUCUAGAUAUUCCAUCGGCGGAAGAAGUUCCCUCGAGUGAGGACCAUCCUUACAGUCCCACUUUUGCCCACACCGAAUCCUUGUCAGGCUUCUCCACCAACGAGCAAAUCACUUUCGAGGUCAGUGCUGCCAAUGGAUCGAGCUCUCAGCCUUCCUCAUUAACGGUACAUACUGGUAAUGGACAGACCAUGCAGGUCGAUAUACUCGAGCGUGCCAUCCUCGAGAUCCCUGAGCUCCAGCAAUUGACAUCUUCAAGUGGAAUAGAAUCCAAUAAUACUACCACAACCACUCCAGAGGCCAAUGAAGAAGAAAUACCAUCAUCGAUGCCGCGGUCAUCCUCGGCCAUGUGCUCAUCGUCCUCACGCGAAAUUGAAUCAACAUCCAUCAAUAACACCUUCUUCAACCCAAGUAGUAGCAGUGCAACUACUACGGACUCUUUGGUGUGCAAACAAGAACCCACCGAGCAGACUUGGCCGGGGAAUAUGGCUGUUAGUCAAGACAAACAUCUGUUGGGGAUUCCCCGACUUCAUGACGGGAGCUCGUCAGAACAAUCGAAUAAAGACAAUCUUAUUAGAGCCUCAUCCUUUGGACCUCGCACGCCAUCCUUGCAGGCACAGGAUCAAAAAGUGAAACAAGAGACUCUAACCUCGCCCAAGCAGCCCAAGAAGAUGCUCCUGUCCGUGGUGCCCUUGUCUCGGCUUAUGGGUCCAGAUCCGGAUGUCGUUGAAAUUGAUGAUAGCGAGGAAGAAGAGCUGGCCUCUCUGGAAGCGGAUGAGCCCCAUUCUGUCGUCGAAUGUGAGCGAGCUGACCUCGUGGGCGGACUGCAGGAUCCCUUUCAGUGUGUUAAAUGUGGCAGAAGAUACAAGUACGAAAGUUUUCUCAAAGUCCAUCAACGACGGCCCUGUGCCACGACCUAAGGAGGAAAAGUGGUGCCCAUCCAUCCAUCCAUCCAUCCAUCCAUUGCUCGAUCCUAAGUUGUUUUGCUGAUGGAUGACCGAGAUUUGGACUGGGUUUCUACUACUUUCCCUGAAAAUCUUUGCCCUUGGCUUCAAGUGCCAAUCAAACACGAAGAAGGUUUUCUCACUCGUAUCACUAAAAAGGAACCCCGGUUGUUACUGGUUACAUAACCGUCACACCACAACCAAAACAAUUGCCGUUCAAAGAAUCCUCCGAAACCUCUGUGAUAUUCAAACUCAAAGAUGGUAGUUUUUUUACACCGCAACAAUGAAGAACAAAUGGAAUAUGUAAUCCACACCUCGAGCCAUCAACACUCACCGUUGUUCAUUGUAGUACACACAAAUAAUGAUUCAUCAAUUGCGAGACUCUUUUUGUACUAUAGCGUCUGUGCACGGUUGCAAUUCUAUUCCAGUCAAAUUCUUAAAUUAUUUUACGAUGAAUAAACUGUUUUGUCACAUUCAA